UUCACAUUAACAGUAUACUUCUCUGCAAACUCAACCCGUUCCUUAGUGUUUUGGAAUAACUUCCAUGUUUUUCAUUAGUGAUGAUCUUUGAAUAAAUCCAUUGCCAUUUUGCAGACAUUGUAUCGUCGGCUCUGUCGGUGGCUACAUUAGAAUCCCAAGCUUUGUCCCGUACGGUCACCUGUGAAUAGAUGUUUACUGUUUUAUCCCCCUCCUCCUGAGUCAUCUGACUUAUGGUCAUUUGACCGUCCUCCCUCUAAACUUCACGUCUUUCAUUAACAAAUCAGGGAUGAUUCAAUAAGCCUUUAGUGAGGAAUUACAGAUGCUUUGUAUAUAGACACUCUGUUCAUAGAAAAGUGGUGCUGUUGGUUUCGGCAAUAGUAUAUUUCGUUGUAAUACCCAAUAUUUGACUGAAUACUCAAAUUGUUUAAUUAUGGUUUUGUAGUAAGAUUUCAGUCCUAAUUAUAGAAGCAGCAUUUGUCAAAGAGCGGAUCGACUUGUCUUAUCACUAGAUGGCUAAUGUCCUAAUUAAAUCAGAUGUGUUGGGUGGGGAGAUAUUUAGAGAUAAGCAAGAUAGUAUCAAGGCAAACAGGAGGCUAUCUUCAGAUCUGUGCAGACGAUGCAUGAAGAGUGCUACUAAAAACAAACUGGGAUAUUUACCGACAAUUGCACACUAUAUCAAGACAUUUUACAGGACAAUAAGUUCAAUGUUUUAGGUGAUGUUCAUGCAUCUAAAAUAAAUCAAUUUGAUAGCUAGAAAAUUCUGAGUUCUUGAGGAGCUGCAAAAGUACACAAGCUGUCAAAUCAAAGGUAGUAUAAACUAUGGUUUUGUUUAGAGAGGGAGAAAAAAAAAUGAUGUCACAGCUUCUAUGCCCUCUGCUUUUCCUGUGCCUGGUACCAUCUGUGGUUUCUCUGUUUUGCUUCACCUGUGUCUUCCCUACCAUUUCCCCACUGGACUGUAUCAAGUUCCCACAGAAGUGUCCUCCAGGUCAGCUAUGUCUUUCCAGCAAAGCUGUGGGGAAGAGUGGAGCCUUCAGUGUGACACUGUAUGAGAAGAGCUGUGUCCUCUCCUCCCUGUGUGGCCUGGCUGGUGAGAAGUACUCCAUGGGCCUGAACUUCACCUUCACCAAUGAAUGCUGUGCCACCCACCUGUGUAACGGAGCUGCAGCCCUCUCUGCCCUCUACUGGCCUGGCUUGGUGUUCUCCCUCCUCCCAUUCACCCUCUCACUGCGGUGAAUGGACGGUCUAUGAAAAUUAUAAUGCUACCGUCAGAGAAAGCAAUGGGAAAACAAUUGUUUAACCUGACCAUCUUCCUGAGUGGAGCAUAACGAAAGUUUUGCUUGAUUGCCUUAUGAAAAACAAUGCAAGUUUUAAACAACUAGAAUAGUGUUCAUGUCUUCAGUGUUUCUGUCAUUCUAAAUGGAGAGCUCAAAACAUAACAAUUAUCACUG